AGGAAGUGAGCGAGGCGGUGGUGAUGGCGGAGGCGCCGCCGGUCAAGAAGAAGAGCGUCAAGAUCGCCGCCGCUGCCAUCGCCAGCGACGAGGCAGCGGAUCCCAGCGGCGCCGUCAAUGUGGGCGGCGAUCGCAAGGCCAAGAAGGUCAUCGUGGCCAUUGACGAGAGCCAAGAAAGCAUCCGAGCUCUCCGCUAUGCUCUCGACACUGUCGUCCAGCCCGGGGAUGGGCUUGUGCUGCUACACUCGCAGUUCAUGCCCCAUAGCUACGUUGGUCCCGGCGGCCCAGAGCUAUGGGUGUUAGAUCUUUUGUCUUUGGCACCAAAGUUUGCUCCUUGUGAUCUGCGCUUCACACGCAUUUCCAUCAGCUCUAAAACCAGGCUUCUACAUCACUCCCGACUUGGUGGCCGCCACAAGGAAGCACCAGGAGAACUCAAGCAAGGUCUUGCUCGACAAAGCCAAGAGGAUUUGCGGCGAUGCCAAUGUCCACCACCCAGAGCUUCUGAUGGCUACUGGAGAUCCUCGCGACAGUAUCUGCGACGCCGUGGAAAAGAUCCAUGCCGACUUGCUGGUGAUGGGAAGCCGCGGUCACGGAGCCAUCAAACGGACUUUUCUUGGCAGUGUGAGCGACUAUUGUACUCACAACGCGAAAUGCCCGGUUUUGAUCGUCCGAAAGUGAGCCAAAGUGGAUGGCUUUGUUUUUCUUUCUUUCGUGUAUAUAUACGGUAUGGAUCUGCAAGGUCUUUCUUUUCCUUAUUUCUCUCAGCUGCACAAAUCGGAGGCUUUACUUUUUUUACAGUGACAGCAGCCUCCGCUGCUUAAAGAAUAAUAUGAAUGCGAGAAAGAUCGCGAUGCCAGCAACGCCAGACGUGAUGAGAAUCCACUUGAAAGCUCGCGGCUCGUCAAAGAGGUCAAUCUGGAUGUUCAUCCCGAAAA